AUGUCUAAACUACUCCGUCCUGCCUCGCGGCUUCUUUCUCAGCCCACGAUUCCUCGCUCGGUGUCGCGUUCAGUUCGCAAAGUAGCCCCCUCGGCGAUCCCUUCGAUACGAGGCUAUGCCAGCCAAGGCCAGACUCUGACUGUACGCGACGCCCUUAACGAAGCCCUCGCCGAGGAGCUCGAGCAAAAUGACAAGGUCUUCAUAUUAGGAGAGGAAGUCGCGCAAUACAACGGUGCAUACAAGGUCACAAAGGGUCUGCUCGACCGCUUCGGUCCCAAGCGGGUCAUUGAUACACCUAUUACCGAGUCUGGAUUCUGCGGUCUGGCUGUCGGCGCUGCCCUGGCUGGGCUUCACCCUGUGUGCGAGUUCAUGACCUUCAACUUUGCCAUGCAAGCUAUUGACCAGAUCAUCAACUCGGCUGCAAAGACGCAUUACAUGUCUGGUGGCAUUCAGCCAUGCAACAUCGUCUUCCGCGGACCCAAUGGUUUCGCUGCCGGUGUGGCGGCACAGCACUCGCAAGAUUAUUCAGCUUGGUAUGGCAGCAUCCCUGGUCUCAAGGUUGUGGCACCUUGGAGCGCCGAGGACGCAAAGGGUCUACUCAAAGCCGCCAUCCGCGACCCUAACCCAGUCGUUGUUCUGGAGAACGAGUUGCUCUACGGUCAAGCUUUCCCCAUGAGUGACGAAGCCAUGAAGAGUGACUUUGUGCUUCCUUUCGGCAAGGCUAAGAUUGAGCGGUCUGGCAAAGAUCUCACCAUUGUCACCCUCUCAAGAUGUGUCGGCCAGUCGCUUGAUGCCGCCGAACAGUUGAAGCAAAAAUACGGUGUGGAAGCUGAAGUUAUCAAUCUGCGUUCUGUCAAACCUCUGGAUGUGGAAGCUAUCGUCAACUCAGUCAAGAAGACGGGUCACUUGAUGGCGGUCGAGUCCGGCUUCCCUGCAUUUGGUGUCAGCUCCGAGAUCCUGGCGCUCACCAUGGAAUAUGCUUUCGAUUACCUGGAGGCUCCUGCAGUCCGUGUCACCGGAGCUGAAGUCCCAACUCCAUAUGCCGCCAAGCUGGAAGAAAUGAGUUUCCCUCAGGUGGAUACCAUCACAAACUACGCCGCUAAGCUAUUGCGAGUGUGA